AAAAGCCUCAAGCAGUGUGAACAGUCAUAGAUUAGAAGUUUAAAAAAAAUUUAGUGACUAAAAUAAAAAAACAAGUAGAGAGAAUGCUUUCAUCAUAAAAGGAAAAAGUAUGUGAACAACACCUUGUGAAAGAAAACAUUAAUCAAGUAGUUUUACAACCAAAUUAACUUAAAAAAAAAAAAAUAAAGAAAAAAACUCACACCACCACAGCUAAAACACUUAUCGAUAUAAGUGCGAGUCGAUAAAUAAACGAUGGAUUUUUAAAUCGAGAAGUAAUCGGAGUGAUUCGAAUCGUGUUUUCAAAAAGUGUCAGUUUUAAGCAAAAUGCUUACGAUGUCUACUCUUAUGAUGCCUGCUGCUACAAUGACGACUAUGACGAAUGCUGGGCCGAUACCCGUUGCAGCUGCAACUAAGCUUGAACCCAAGCUGUUGCAAUUGCCCCACCCAGCCCUGGUACCCCAAAUGCCUCAGCAACAGCCGCAACCCCACCACCAUCAGCACCCACACAGCAACAAUAAAGUUGGAUGGGAGGAUUUGCGUCGCCAAGGGCAUAAUUGGGGCCAACACGGCCUAUCAGUACAAGAGCACUACCACAUCUUUGUCGGCGACCUGAGUCCUGAGAUCGAGACACAGAGCCUGCGGGAUGCCUUCGCGCCCUUCGGAGAAAUAUCUGACUGCCGAGUAGUCCGCGACCCACAGACCCUGAAGUCAAAAGGAUACGGAUUCGUUUCAUUUUUGAAAAAAUCGGAGGCUGAAUCAGCUAUAACAUCAAUGAACGGACAGUGGCUCGGCUCGCGGUCGAUCCGCACCAACUGGGCUACUCGGAAGCCACCGGCGCCGAAGAAUGAGUUAAACUCCAAACCUUUGACGUUCGACGAGGUAUACAACCAGAGUUCGCCGACCAACUGCACUGUGUACUGCGGCGGCCUGACCACCGGGCUCACUGAGGAGCUGAUGCAGAAGACCUUCCAGCCCUUCGGCACCAUCCAGGAGAUCCGCGUCUUCAAGGACAAGGGAUACGCCUUUAUACGAUUCUCGACCAAGGAAAGUGCAACGCAUGCCAUAGUAGCGGUGCACAACACUGACGUGAAUGGACAGCCAGUCAAGUGUUCCUGGGGCAAGGAGUCUGGCGACCCCAACAACGCACAGGCACAAGGACAGAUUCCCACAGCCUACAGUCCAUUCGGCGCAACCUACACCGGCGGUGUCCCCCCCACCUCAUAUUGGUACAACACCUACCCCCAACAACUUGGGGGAUUCCUCCAGGGGGUACAAGGGGUACAGGGGUACACCUACGCCGGACAAGCAUUUGCGGGAUACCAGCAACAGUAUAUGGGGUAA